UUAAAAAUGAAUACUAUUAUAAACUUAUUAAGUAAUUGGUAUAUAUACAACAUACACUUUGCACAAUCACCGUACAAAUCCAAAAGCAUCAAGCAAAAUAUAUUAGCAAAAAGAAGAAGAAACAUGGAAAACAAAUUCACCCCAAUUUUGGUCCUAUUCCUUUGUAUCAACUUGGUGAAUUGUGGAUACUAUAAAUCUAAGACUAUAGUUCCACAUAAACUUCCAAACAAGGUAACUCACCUUCACUUCUACUACUUUGAUAUUCACACAGGCAAUAAUCCAAGUGCUGUUAUUGUGGCACAUCCCAACCAAACAAGUGACAAAAAUCCUAAGAAAUCUUCAUUGUUUGGUACUGUUUAUGCUAUUGACAAUCCUCUUAGGGAAGGUCCUGAAGAAACAUCAAAUGUGGUAGGAAAUGCACAAGGUUUAUAUGUUGCAUCUAGCCAAAGUGAAGAUGUGACAUUAACUAUGUAUGUUGAUUUUGCUUUCACUUCUGGUAAAUUAAAUGGAAGUUCCUUUAGUGUUCUUUCGAGGAAUCCGGUGAGGGAACCGACGAGGGAACUCGCGGUGGUCGGAGGAAGAGGAAAGUUUAGAAUGGCCACUGGUUUUGCUUUGAUUAGGGCCCAUUUUCUUAAUGUUACAACUGGUGAUGGGAUUAUUGAGUAUAAUGUAACUAUUUUUCAUCAUUGAAUAUCACAUGUUAAUUAGUGAUGAGCUAAUAAAAAAUAAGUCUUUGAUUUCCUUCAUAAUAAAAAGUAUUGUUAUGAAUAAUUAUGUUAGUGGAUGUCCUAUCUCUUCCAUUUCCUAGAAACUCCCAUUAUAGUGAGUGGCCUUUAAAUGUACUUGAUCAUUCACUUGCUUACCUGUGUCCUAUAAAUAGGACUGUUGUUAUGAUGUAAGGACACACAUAUGAAGAGAAUAAUAUAAAACUUUCAUCUUCUCUA